CAAGGAACACACUGGGCAGCUCAGGGGACUUGGGUUUGGGUAGUGUCCUCAUGCUCCCAGCUGUGCAGGGCAGGGUGCGCCUGUCCACCUGGUUCGUGCCUGCUGGUGGGUGGAGGCCAGCGUGGGCCUGGGGAUGGUGACAGGUCCAAGAACCAGGGAGGCCUGGCCAGGCCAGGGAGCAUCCCCGGGCCAGACCGUGUGGGCCUGGAAGGGCGUGGUCCGCACACUCCAGUGCUGGGGCAGGAGGAGGAAGUGCAGGUGGAAGUCCUGGAGUUUCCCAGGUGUGGCCACAGGUAUAAAGAGCACGUGGCCAGGGCCUCCGCCAGGUGUACUACUGGGAUGUCGCCAGAGCUGCUGCUGCUGUGAGCCAUGCCUGCCGCUGCCAGCACUGCCAGCAUGAUGCUCCUCCGUGGCAUCCUGUUUCUGGCCUGGCUGCCUGGAAGCCUGGCCCACCAAGGCCCCCCGCUCUGGGGGACCCCACGCUGCUACUCGGCUGAGGAGCUGCCUCACGGCCAGGUGCCCCUACACCUGCUGGCUCGAAAUGCCAGGUGGGAGCAGGCCCUGCCUGUGGCCCUGGUGCCCACCCUGGAGGCAGCUGGCUCCAGGCCACACAAGCAGCCCCAGGCCAGGACUCAGUGCCCCACACUGAGGCCCGAGAAGGUGCUGCAGGCAGACACCCAUGAGCGCUCCAUCUCGCCCUGGAGAUACCGCAUCGACGUGGACGAGGACCGCUACCCGCAGAAGCUGGCUGUGGCUGAGUGUCUGUGCCGUGGCUGCAUCAACAGCAGGACCGGCCGGGAGACAGCCGCGCUCAACUCCGUGCCCCUGCACCAGAACCUGCUCGUGCUGCGCCGCCGAGCCUGUGCCCCCACGCCCGGGGCCUUCGCCUUCCACACAGAGUUCAUCCGCGUGCCCGUGGGCUGCACCUGCGUCCUGCCCAGGUCAGCCCAGUGACACGGACUUGGGCCCAGCACCCCUAUUUAUGUCUAUUUAUUGCUAUGUAUGGCCCAGGGUCCCUCGCUGUGGGCUGCAUCUGUGCCAUCCGGAGCACUCCGUGCCCAGGGGCUCGCUCCUGAUGGUUCUCCAGCCUCAGUUUACCCUUUUGUCAAGAGACAGAGGCUUCAAGAAACUCCCAGAACUUCUUAAAGUUGCUGCCAAUGCCCCACUUGGACCCUGGGGCCAGGGCUCCACUUCCUCUUUGCAGCCACAGGGAGAGGCAGUACCCGCUUUUAACAAUCAUUAUUUCACCUGUGAGCUAUGCGGGUGUCCUGGUGCACACCUCUCAUCCCAGCGCUUGGGAGGCUGAGGCAGGUGGAUCAUUGUGAGUUCAAGGCCAGCCUGGGCUAGUGAGACCUUGUUGCAAAAAAAUCAAAUAUAAAUUCAUGAAUAAGACACAACCUAAACCUGCCUCUCCCCCCACCCCCAGCACCACCCAGCGCCUGCCCCAGGGCUGCACAAGUGCCGGGCAGAUGAGCUGGGCAGGAGCAAUGGUGCUUCUUCUGCCUGGGUGUGACUGGGCGUCAACCCCGAGGCACACCUGCAGUCUCUACCCCUCGCCCAAGGAUGAACCCCAGGCGGGCCCUGUGCCGCAGUAUGGGUCAGCAGCAGCCUCAGUGUGUCCCCCCGCCCAGGGCCUGUGCCUCCCGUGGACACGGGCCUGAAGCUGACAUGGGCCACAGUCCCAGGCAGCUGCGAGGCCCUCCCUCCCCAGCCAGAGCUGCCUCGCCCACGGCCAACGGCCCGGGGUGCCCAUGCACAGGGAGGCGGCUUUGGGGAGCAGUCUCAAGCCUGGGCCCAGAGGCCUCCAGAGGGAUUCGGUGGGGGGAGGUGGCCUUUGAAGGAUGCGUCCAGCACAGGCACUGCCAGACUGGGAGUAAACCAGACGGAAUCCUGCUCCCCUCGGCAGACUGUCACGAGCAGGGAGAGCCACGCCAGGCCCUGAGCGGGCGCCUGCCUUGGCCAUAUGCAGAGGAGCGACGGUGGGGCCAGAGCCGUGGCUGGGCGGAGGCGUCUAGGCUGUGGGGCUCUCGUGGGGGCAGAAGGUGGGGCUUGGUUGGCACCUCAAGGCCGCAGGCCGACUGGAUGGAGAUGGGGCAGAGAGGGACUCGGCGAGGUCCAGGCCUGGGGCAGGCCCGGCACCCAGAGGACCCUCGCCUGUAGGGGCAGGCGGCAGGCAGAGGGUCUGCAGCCAAACCCUCGGUGGGACGGCGCCAGGGCCUGCUCGGUACGAGAGUGCGCGUGCAUGUGCGUGCGCGUGCGCCAGCCCCAGCACUUGGGCAGCCAGAGGCCCCCACUGCGUGGUCUGUGCAGCUGGAGGCUGCACCUGCACCUCCCCCCCUCCGCGGCCACAGGACCCCUGCGCACCCACGUCUUCCCCGGGGUGUCCGGGCCGAGCCUGCCCCGUGAUGGAUGCCCCGAGUCCAAGCGCCGCGCGGCAGGGACACAGCGCUCCACACAACACUGCCAGGAAACCGGAGCCACGCUGCGGCUGGUCCAGGCGGGAGGGACGUGUGCGGGCUGGGGUCCCUGUCGCAGGCGCCUCCCCCGAGAAGAGCCUCACGCGUAGGAAGGAGCCAGUCGCCGAGUUUAUUGGGGUGGCCGUGGCGCCCUCUAGUGGCCACCCGGCGAUGGCGGCAGAGCCACAGGCGGGCUCCAGGACGGGUUACACCACCUCAUCGGUCACCGGGAC